CCGAUUUCCCAGCCGCAAACCCGGGGAACGUCUGACGUACCACCAUACUACGGUUCCAUUUCUCAGCGCCCGCCGUAUGUGAGUGAGAGGUUGCCUUCGCUCCCCUUACCCCAGGCGCCAUUGGCCUACUCCUCGAGUAGUUCAUCUCCCCGGGUUAGUUCCAUUGCAUCCUCCGCGAGUUCUAACGGAGACUCGCAAUCUUCAUUCACUUCGGCACCGUCUUCAAACGGCCCUAAGACGCCAUCUCCUAGUCUUCCCGUCACAACGGCGAUAUCUGGCCCUCCUUCCCAGGCCAUUGGUGGGUACGAGCCAUACUCCGCGAUGAAUACCGCGCCUCCAGACAUGUACUACCAAGCUACGCACAUGUCUGCAGGUCCUGCACCCCAGCCACAGACCGUAACAUCAAACGCGUUACCUCAGUAUGGCCACCAGCAGCCGACCUUAUUACAACCAGGCCCAGCACAGUAUUCUACUGCUCCAUACCAAUACGGCUACGCCAAUGGAUUGACAUCUCCCCAGUCUGCGCCGCCGGCAGUCUCGGGCUCCAUGGGUGCCCAAAAUGUCCUGCCUCUACCUGGGGUUCCCAAUCAGGGAGGCAUGCAAAAUCAGUAUCAAGGGUUUGACACAACAGGUCAAAUUGCGCCGCCGGGGAUGAAACCCCGAGUUACGGCCACGCUUUGGGAAGAUGAGGGCAGCUUGUGCUUCCAGGUUGAGGCGAAGGGUAUUUGUGUUGCACGCCGAGAAGAUAAUCACAUGAUCAAUGGCACGAAACUGCUAAACGUCGCUGGAAUGACACGUGGAAGAAGGGAUGGAAUUUUGAAGAGCGAAAAAGUGCGGCACGUCGUUAAAAUUGGUCCUAUGCACCUCAAGGGAGUUUGGAUUCCCUUCGAGAGAGCUCUCGACUUCGCCAAUAAAGAGAAGAUCACGGAGCUGUUGUAUCCACUGUUCGUUCACAACAUCGGAGCUUUAUUAUACCACCCUACAAAUCAAAAUAGAACGAAUCAAGUCAUGGCUGCAGCCGAACGUCGAAAACAGGAGCAAAGUCAAAUGCGGAACGGCCCGGGUCCGACACCCCCUGGUGGCGUCUUGCCGUCAAUCCAGCAGCAUCACCACCACAUGGGACUACCAGGACCCCAACCUCCGUUACCAUCUCAUAAUAACGCAGGACGCCCGUCCCUUGACAGGGCACACACUUUCCCGACGCCGCCGACAAGUGCAUCAAGCGUGAUGGGAAGCAUGGGUUCAUCGGAAAGUUUCCAAUGGGGUCAACAAGGGAUGAGUGGUGCUCAGGGUCCUAAUCCCAUGUCUAUCGAUACGGGUCUCAGCAACGCUGCACGAUCUAUGCCAGCUACACCGGCAACUACGCCUCCAGGAAACACGCUGCAGAGUAUGCAGUCUUAUUCGCAGAGUAACCAACCUUAUGACAGUUCACGUGCGGUCUAUAAUGGUCAAGCUACCCAACAGUCUCCUUAUCCUCCCUCAAACAACAGCCCACAGGAUAGAAACAUAUAUGGCCAGACAAAUUCGUAUAUGAAAAGUGAGAUGGGCCCUCCGGCUGGACGUCCAACUGGUCCUAAUGAGCAGGCCGAUGUUAAGCCAUCCAACGGAUUACUGCAACAUAGUGAUGGUGUUCCUCACCCGUCCGGUGAGGAUGAAGCUGAGCAUGAGGCAGAAUAUACUCACGACAGUGGUGCUUAUGACACCAACAGAACGUAUAAUUAUAACCACCCGCCUGUUUCUGCGUUACCAGGCGAUCAUCAACAUAUCCCUGAGAUAACGGGGUCGCCUAAUCAUCAAGCCGGAUCUGGGCGAGCUACCCCUAGGACAGCAGCACCGCCGCAACCGUACUACGCUCAACAAGCGGGCUAUAGUACGCCACCGCGUGUGCCCCAAUCAAGCAACCUUUAUAAUGUAAUGAGUGGCGAUCGGGCGCCCACUAAUGGCGCACCACCGCCGGAUGUUUAUAGCUCGCAAAACGAAAAUCGAUUCUUUGAGACGAAUCACUUCCGCGCCAUAGAGUGCAAUGCCGACUACGAGACGCUCCUUUAUUUGUUCCAUUCCGCAUCUUUUGUAUUCGCCAUGACGAAUCAUCAUCAUGCUUGGGCCCAUCCAUCAGAAGACACGAUGACGAAAAUUACGACUUCUUGAUUGUUAUUAACAGCCGUUGAAAGGCCGUGUAAAUGCCUCACGAUUUAACGCGUCGCAUGGUGGACCUUAAUUUUCUUGAGAUGAUCAUCGAUUAUUUCUGUUUUUUUUAUGCUGAGGAUGAGAUACUCGAGCAACGCAAAAGUCCUGCCUAUUACGAUUUCUAGGCGAGUAAUGUUCAUGACCGAGGCUGAAUUUGUUUUACUUUGUUCAUCACAUCCAUCAGCCUCGUAGAGCACGUGAGGCUGCUGGUACAAUUAUUUUCCUAGUGACGACAUGAUGACGACCCGAUUUUUUUCUAUUCACCAAAAGGAUGUGGUGUCACUGUGGGCGUGUGUUG